AUGAGAAACCGAAUAGAAGAAAAGUUCCUCGAGUUCUACGAUAGUUGGAUUUUUCAACUUGAGCAAUAUCUUCAUCAACUCAUAACUGCUCAUAACAACAACAACACUACAAGUGAGAUCGAGCUUCGAGGUUUGAUCUCGAAGCUGACUACGCAUCACAAAGCUUACUACACAGCAAAAUGGGCAGCCAUAGGAGAAGACGUUUUGGCUUUCUUUGGACCGGUUUGGCUAAACCCACUAGAGAAGUCUUGUUUUUGGUUAACCGGAUGGAAGCCGUCGUCGGCGUUUCGGAUGCUUGAUAGGCUGAGGAAGUCGUGGAGGCCGACGGUGGUGCUUGAGGAGGCUCAGGUGAAGAAGUUGGAGGAGCUUAGAGUCAGGACGAGGUUCGACGAAGAAAAACUUGAGAGAGAGAUGGAGCGAUAUCAGGUGGCUAUGGCUGAUCGUAAAAUGAUGGAGCUGGCGAGGGUUGGAUGUCAUGUCGGUGGAGGAGAAUCGGCAGUGGUGAUUGAGGCGGCGGUGAAGGGAUUGGCGACGAGGCUUGAGAAGAUGGUGAAAGCGGCAGAUUGUGUGCGGCUGAAAACGCUUAAGGGUAUUUUAGAUACUUUAGCUCCGCCGCAGUGCGUUGAAUUUUUGGCUGCGGCGGCUGCGUUUCAGGUUCAGUUACGUCGGUGGGGAAACGAAAGGCAUAAUGUCACUCACUCCUAUGGUUCCUGA